AUGCUUGCACUCAUUCCCAUCCAAUCCUUCUUCUCUCUUCUUUCCUUCUCUUCCUUCAGCCGACGGGCAUUGGACCCAGACCGUGGGCAUCAUCAAUCACACGACGCCACCACCUCACCGAGCACUCGGCCCAGCCACGGUACUAUGUAUGUAUACGGUACCGAGUUACUGUCUUGGAGUCGUACAACCUGUUCUCGAAUCUCUUCCCCCUGGCAACCUCGUCAGACUCGGUCUCUCUGUCCUGCCAAACGUCCCCACACCCGCCAUCACAAAACAUGGCGAAUUGGCAGCCGAGCCCCAAUUCUAGCCACUAAACAAAUGGCUUUCAUGAUCUGGGACAAGAAUUCGGUGACUUCGCCAUGA